AUGAAACUACCGUACUUCAACAAUAUCACUCAUGUGGUACAACUGUGGCAAACCCGGGCCUGGUGGCUUCUUCCGACCGUUGUCCUCGCCGGCACUGGGGAGCUCAUCGGCUGGACCGGCCGUACUUGGUCGCACUAUGAUCCGCUGGAAUACAACGCCUACCUUAUACAGACCGUCACGCUGAUCAUCGCGCCGACGCCACUCAUUGGUGCCCUGUUCAUCACGUUCGGUAGACUUUCGGCGCGUCUUGGACAAGAAUACAGCCGCCUUAGUCCUCGUCUAUACUCCAGAAUAUUCUUCACUUGUGAUUUCGUUGCCCUGCUCGUUCAAGCGGGAGGAGGUGGGAUCGCUGCCAGCACCAGCAACAUCAAAACCAGCGAAAUGGGCAGCAACAUCAUGCUUGGAGGAAUCAUUUUCCAGCUGAUCUCGCUGUCCGUAUUUUGCGUACUCGUCGCAGAGUACCUAGUGCGCCGCUUCAAAGAUAGGCCACUGGGGAAGGCCACCAUGAACGACUCGACCCUGACCCUCACUGACACGCUUCGAGGACCAGUCGAGAAGCCGAUGCGGCUGUUGGCCUUGGGACUUUGCAUGGAAGCCCUGUUCCUGUAUAUUCGGGGUAUCUAUCGCACUGUCGAGCUAGCGGACGGCUGGAACGGAAAGGUCAUUCAAACCCAGUCCUUGUUCAUUGUCUUCGACGGCGUCAUGGUUUUUCUGACGAUGUUCACUCUCAACGUGUUCCACCCUGGCCGCUUGCUCAAGAACGCAGGCUCUGGAGGAGGCGCCGGAAUGUCCGAGAAGAAUGUCGCGGUGUAGGUCUUGUAGCACUGGGCACGCUGGCCGUGACGCGUGGUAUGCUCACAUUCGGUGGGAUCACCAUCGGACAUUGGGACUAUUAGUACUUACUUUGACGGACUUAAGCUUGUUGCCGCGAUAGCGGCUUCACUCACACUUUCGGUAUUCUGUAUCUGGAUACAAUGCCAUGCCAUUCCUUGC